AUGUGCUUGUUUUCAAGAAAGUCUUCAUUGGGUUUCAAUUUUGGGGUUGUCCAUAAGUUGGGGCUGUUUAUUGGACAGGUUAUUGUGAAAGAUAUCAGCUUUUGCAAAUUGUAUAGAAGUGCUUCUUCUGUUUUAGUGUUGGAUAACGACUCUGACAGCGGUUCAAACUCUGAAAGCAACUCAGAAAAUGAAGCAUUUGAUUGGAGAAAAGGAAAAAUAGUUCCUCAAAAAUGCAUCCAUGAGCAGCGCAAAGGCAACAAGCUUUUUUCAGUUGUGGUUAGAGUUCUUAAGUCUUUAAACUGGCAGGCUACAAGACAAAUAAAUUUUCUGAGUGCUACUGAAAAAUAUGGUUUUAAUCAAUCAAUCAAUGCUUAUAUGAUGAUGGUGCAUAUAUUUGCAUGUGCUGAAAUGCAUAUGGAAGUAUAUGCAUUGCUGAGAGAGAUUAUCUAUUGUUAUGAAAAGUUUGAUCGUGAUUUGUAUGGAUUAAUCUUCACUUUAUUGGAUUGGUCUAGUGAUGCAGCUAUAUCGACUCUCCUUGUUAAUGUACUUGUCAAGGUUUUUGCUUCAAAUAGGAUGCUUAAACAUGCAUUUGAAGCAUUUCACCUGGCUAAGAAUAUUGGGCUUCAAUUGGGUGUUGAAUCGUGUAAUUUCUUGCUUAAAUGUUUAUCGGAAGCAAAUGAAAGAGAAAUUCUUGUGAAAUUAUUUGAAGCAAUGAAGAAGCUUGGUCCCUUACCUUGUGUCUACACUUACACAAUUAUGAUUCAAUUUUACUGCAACACGCAUCAUGGGCAAGGCAAUGUAGAUAUUGAUCAAGCAACUGACAUUCUGGAAGAAAUGGAGAAAAGUGGGAUCACCCCAUCUGCUGUAACAUAUAAUUCGUAUAUUCAUGGACUUUGCAUGGUUGGAGGUGCUGAAAUUGCCUUGGACAUUAUCAAUGACUUGAGAAGUAAAAGCCAGCCGCUCAACUGUUACUGUUAUAAUGCUGUUAUUCAUGGAUUUUGUAAUACAGGUGAGCCCGAAAUAGCUAUGCAAGUUUUGACGGAGAUGAAGAGCUGUGGAAUUAACCCAGAUACACACAGCUAUAGUAUAUUGGUUGAAGGGUUUUGCAGACGCGGAAAUAUUGAGAGAGGUGACAUAGACAUUGCCAAUAAACUUUUGAAAGAAAUGAUCAACAAUAAGUUGGCUCCUAAUGCUUCGAGUUAUGAGAGCUUGAUUCACGGAUAUAGUAAAACUGGUUCCUCUGAGAAAGCCUUGAUGUUUUUCAAUACUAUGAUAGAAGACAAUAUUUUGCCAAAUAUUGCUACCUGCAACUUGAUCAUAAAUAGUUACUGCAAGGAAGGAUGUAUAAAGGAUGCCUUGCUACUUAUAGAUGAAAUGAGAGACUGGGGAAUUAUCCCGAACAUGUUUACCUAUAAUUUGGUUAUCAACUCACUGUGCAAAGCAAGUAAGUCAGAGAAGGCACUGGAGCUUAUCCCACAGAUGCUUAAAAGCAAUACAUUCCCCAAUGUAGUUAUCUAUAGCACCCUCAUAGAUGGUUUUGCUAAGCAGGCAAAUCUAACGAAGGCUUUAUUGUUGUAUGAAAAAAUGCUAAAAGUUGGGGUUGCUCAGAAUACGAUCACAUUUACAAUUGGUAUUAAUUUAUUAUGCAACAUGGGAAGGAUGGAAGACGCCUAUAAUUUGCUUAGGGAAAUGAUCUGGAAGGGAUUGGAUCCGGAUAAAAUUUCUUACACCUCAAUGAUUGCUGGAUUUUGUAGAAGCAAAGAUAUGAAGCAGGCAUGGGGAUUGUUCCAGGAGAUGGUGCAAAAAGGUCAUUUACCUUCUGUCGUUACCUAUACUUGCCUCAUAGAUGGGUUUGCUAAACAGGGAAAUCCAACAAUGGCCUUAUUGUUAUAUGGAAAAAUUCUAAAAGCUGGAGUUACUCCAGAUACAAUCACAUUUACAGUUCUUAUUAAUGUAUUAUGCAACAUGGGAAGGGUGAAAGAAGCCUAUAAUUUGCUUAAGGAAAUGAUCUGGAAGGGCUGGGAUACAGAUAAAAUUUCUUACACCUCAAUGAUUGCCGGGUUUUGUAGAAGCAAAGAUAUGAAGCAGGCAUGGAGAUUGUUCCAGGAGAUGGUACAGAAAGAUCAUUUACCUUCUGUCGUUACCUAUACUUGCUUAAUUGAUGGAUUUUGUAAGGUGAAUCAGAUGGUCAUAGUCAAUAUGUUGGUAGAUGAAAUGAGAAGGGAGAAUGUUUGUCCUGAUUGGGUAACCUACUUGGUUCUCAUUUCCGGAUACCUACGCGUUGGGUUUGUGGAAAAAGCUCAUGAGCUGUUUGAUGAAAUGAUAAAGGGGGGAGUACUACCAGAUGAUAUCACUAUCAAAUCAUUAGGGCUGACCAUGGGUUCAAGAAAGGAAAGAUAG